CAGUAACACAUGUGUAAGCGCCGCCGAAGGAGCGAGCGAGCCGGUUAGAGGCCCGCGCCGCCGCCUCUGAGCCGGGCAGCAGCAGCGGGGCAGCCGAUCGGUGCAGCGCUCCCGGCCGGCCCGCAGCUCUCCACUCCGUGCACCGUCGCGCGGGCCGCGGGGCCGAGCUUGCACCGCCGCUCCCGGGCCGCAGGUCGCGGGAGGGGGGGGACAAGAGCUCGGCCGAGCCGCCGGCGGCCCGGAGCGGGCGGGCGGGAGGAAGGCGGCGGCGGAGGAGGAGGAGCGCGCGGGCGCGGCGGGGGCGGGGGCGCGUACAAAGUGAAGCCACAUUGCCAAACUUGCAGUCGCGAUUGCAGCAGUGGCUGCCGCUGCGCCGCACGGGCCGGGCCGAAGGCGCCUGCAGCUGCUCGCGCGCAGCCGGGGGCUGAGGACCAGGACCCGCGGGCUGAGACUUGACACUUCUGCGCUGGGCCGCCUGCCACUUAGCGUGGGGCUCCCUCUACCCGCCCCAGAGCCACGCGAUUAAAAAAAAAAAUCAGCCCUUAGCCCCCUCCUCCCCUUUCCUGCUUCUGCGAGAACUCCCUCCCUCCCUCCAGCUCCGCCGACCCCGGCGCCCCUGCCCUGGAAGCCGAGCGGCUCCGCUCGCAUUUCGCCGCCGCCGCCUCUCGCAAUAUAGGGGAGAAGCAGACCAUGGUGAACCCGGGCAGCAGCUCGCAGCCGCCCCCGGUGACGGCCGGCUCCCUCUCUUGGAAGCGCUGCGCAGGCUGCGGGGGCAAGAUUGCGGACCGCUUUCUGCUCUAUGCCAUGGACAGCUACUGGCACAGCCGCUGCCUCAAGUGCUCCUGCUGCCAGGCGCAGCUGGGCGACAUCGGCACGUCCUGUUACACCAAGAGCGGCAUGAUCCUCUGCAGAAAUGACUACAUUAGGUUAUUUGGGAAUAGCGGUGCUUGCAGCGCCUGCGGACAGUCGAUUCCUGCUAGUGAACUCGUCAUGAGGGCUCAAGGCAACGUGUAUCAUCUCAAGUGUUUUACCUGCUCUACCUGCCGGAAUCGCCUGGUCCCGGGAGAUCGGUUCCACUACAUCAAUGGCAGUUUAUUUUGUGAACAUGAUAGACCCACAGCUCUCAUCAAUGGCCAUUUGAAUUCACUUCAGAGCAAUCCACUACUGCCAGACCAGAAGGUCUGCUGAAAGGUCAGAGUGAUGCAGAGUGCGUGCCUUCAUCUCAGAUUCUGUUCAUCGCAGGUGGAUCCCAUGUGUCUUCAGUAGACAAGUCACCUUUGUAGCCAGCACCAGUGCCAGCUCCAUGCCAUCGCACCUUCUUUAGGCUUGAGUGCCCUUCCUGCAUUUAUUGGUGUAUUAAAAUGACUGAAUAUGGACAUUAAGGACUCCAUGAACCUGGGCUAAUGGGAGACGGUAGCGGAAAUGAAAAAAGAUCCACGGAAGGACAUCUUGGGGAGGGGGGAGGGUGCUUGGGGGGAGGGAAAUGACUAAUGAAGCUAAUUAAAAGAAGCAUUGAAAUCUGCUUUCUUCCCUCAUUAACAAUUAGCAGGGCACCGGCCAGAGUUUGUACCCUGUGUUUUACCUUAACAACAUUCUGUUUGCUCUUUGUAUAUUUAAGUGUUGUUAUGAAAUGUGUUUCAAUCAAACUGAACAUGAGUUAAAGGAAAAGAGAGAUGUGGCUUUUGUGAUAUUAUAUCACGAACACUUUUAUUGUAUCUCUGUAAAAUACAAUGUAUGUAUGCAUGUGAGUGGUCUCGUCCUGAUGUUGCUACGCCCAUGGCAAAGGUUAAAAAAAGAAAAGAAAAGAAAAAAUUACAAAAAAACAAAAAAGGAAAAAAAAAUCAGGCUCAUAGCCGGUACUAUGUAGAAAAUUCCCCCGACUUCUAAUUUGCUGAAUGAAGAAAAAAAAUCUUUUAUUUGUGAUAUUUUCAGAGACAUUUGCUCUAGUAUGGUGUAUUUAAAUAAUAAAAACUGAAAAGAAAAAUAUGCAACAGA